AUGAAAAAGAUGUUUUUUAUUCUUGUUUUGGCGAUCGCUGUGAUAGUAUUUCUACUAAACAUUUUAUGGCAUACUUUUUAUUCAAGCACAAGCCUUGAUCAAAAAUGGUCAUACCUAACCAAAAACGCGUCAAUUCUGGAAAUGUUGCAAGCCAUCGCCUCCUCUUCUUUGAUAAAUGGGAUUUCAAAAACGUUUGAAUCAAGAUGGUUGACCAAGGCUGAGACCUGCCAAGGAUUGCCAGAGGACACCAUGGACAGCAUCUUUCAUCUCAAGAACAUUCAGUGUAGUAAACUUUUCUCAGCCGACAAAGCAUUCAUGAAUCACACCCUAAACCAAAUCAAACAAACAAGCUGGACAAUGCUAUCUAACGAAUACUACAUUAAUCUCACCACUGACUGCCCGAGAUUCAAACAGUCCCGAGGAUACGUCACUUGCAAGUUGACUCAAGAAGAGGAGGACUUCCCAAUCGCGUACUCACUCAUAAUCUACAAAGAUAUUGAGAUGGUGGAGAGGCUUCUCAGAGCCAUUUACAGGCCUCAGAACUACUACUGCAUUCACGUGGAUAAGAAAUCCGACCAAAAGUUCUUCAUUGCUGUGUCGGCCAUAGCCAAAUGCUUUGAGAAUGUUUUUAUCUCCCCUGAGCGCCUUGCAGUUCAUUGGGGAACGUACACUGUACUGGAGCCAGAACUUGUCUGUAUGCAGCAACUCUGGAGGUUUCGAAAAUGGAAGUAUUUCAUCAAUUUGACAGGUCAGGAAUUUCCGCUCAGGACAAAUUGGGAAUUGGUUCAAAUCUUAAAGUCAUAUAGAGGAGCUAAUGAUUUGGAAGGAACAAUAAAAUGGGAAAAAAAAAUCCUUUCUGAUGGCAUUUCUUUUUCCCAUUCUUCAAUAAAUCACGAUCGAUUGCCUACAGAUCCACCACAUAACAUAACAGCCAUUAAAGGGGCAGUUCACAUUGCAGUCAACAGAGAUUUUGUAGAUUACAUACUACAUCAUCAAACGGCUAAAGAUCUGCUGGACUGGGUCAAAAGCACAAGCGUUCCAGACGAGACAUUCUUCAGCACCUUAAACCACAAUCCGCAGUUGGGAAUUCGAGGAACAUAUAAAGGUGUUCCGGAGACGGACAACGAUGACUCCAUGAUCAAACCAUUUUUAACCAGAUUCAAAAAUUGGGGAGGAAAACCCUGCGCUGGUCAUAGGGUUAGAGCCAUUUGUAUACUAUCAACAGGAGACCUGCCGCUACUUGGACGCGCUAAACACAUGUUCGCCAACAAGUUCUACCUGUGGGAGGAUCCAAUCGCUAUCGGCUGCUUGGAGGAAAUGAUCUACAAUAACACAAGAGAUGAGCUGAGCGGGGUCAAGGUUUUCAACUCAACUUACUACAGUCAGCUGGGCUUUGUACUCAACCAGGUCACGUAGUUUCUCAAGUCCAAUGAAAUGUUUUUGACGGAAUAACUUAGCGUGAAACAUUUCUAAUUGUGUUUGGGAUCCAAGUUUAUUGAAAUUAUAUUUCUUCUAGAUACCUUUUUUUUACUAUACAAAUAAAAUGUUGUUGUUUUUUUUAGAAAAAUGCAAAUACUUCAUUUGUUUUAACUUUGUAAAUCAUUUUGUCUCUCAGGUAAAGUAAAAUAAUGCCCUGCAGCAUCAAGUUAUUGGUACUUAAUUGUAAAGGAGUC